AUCAUACAUUUCUUAUUUAAAAGUUUUGAAUAUAAUGGGAUUUUUAGUUUUAAAUGAAAAUCCCCUGAUAUUUCCAACAAAACCAUCGUAUCAUGCUUUAUAUUUUGAUGAUAACAAUCAACAACUAAUUAUCAUUAAUACAUAUAAUAAAUUUAUGUACAUAAAUAUAAAAUCUCCAAAUCAUGAAGAACGUAAUUUAAAACUAUUGGAUAAAGGAAGAGUGAUAUCAUUGAAAUUAUCUGCUGAUCUAGAUAUUUUAGCAAUUCAAAGGUCAAAACUUUCUAUAGAAUUUAUUAAUGUAUAUGGAUUUAAUGAAAAUAACAUUAUAUUAUCUGAUGAAUAUUCUCAAUCUAAAAAAAGGGCUGAAAUAUUAGGAUUUAUUUGGCUUUCAAGUAGGUAUAUAUGUUAUGUGACAUUAUCUGGAUGUGAAAUAUAUCAUGUAAUAUGUAAAGAAAAAAUAGUGAAAUUUAUUAGAACAUUUAAUUCAGAAAGAAUAUAUUGGUAUAUUUAUUUGGCAUCUGAAAAUCUACUUCUUUUGUGUACUGGUGCUAAAUCCAAUGUUUUAAAACUUAUUUUUACAAAAGAUGGAAACUUUUCUAAAAUUUCGAAAAUAGAGCAUUUCCAUUAUGAAUUGAUCACAGAUCUAUGUUAUAAAAUGGAGGAGAAAAAUUUUGUUUUAGCUAAAAUUUACGAUUUUUCCUACGUAUUAUUUAUCGAACAUAACCGAUCAAGUUCGCAAGAUCAAUUCUUCGAUCCCACCACGCCAAGGCCAUUUAUAUCAUUGCAUAAAAUACUUUUAGGUAAUAGGCGUUGUCCAUUGACCGAUAUAUUAGUUCUCGGAGCCUUUGGUUUAUCCGGUUCAAUGACCAUCAAUGUAGUUGAUAACGUUAUAGUAGUGCAUAAUCUAACUUCCAAGAACUCUCUCAUCUUUGACCUCAAUCUAUAUACCCUUAAGUCCUCUAAACGAAUUUAUAACGUGCCUGAUUCCGAUGGCAGCCCUCAAUCUAAAACUAUCGCCAUAUCACCCUCCGCAGAUAACUUUCAUAUUAAUAUUCAUAGACCAUUGUUACCUGAACCUAUAUCAAUUUCGCUUCCAAUUAAAUGCAAAUCGGUUGAAAAUCACGCUUUCGAUAAAUACGAAUCUCAACUAUAUACAAAUUAUUGGAACAUCUUUCGCCCGGAUAUUGUGAUAGACACCAAAUUCGGAUUUUAUUGGAAUCUAUCUUUCGAUUUGUCUAAAAUAUCGGAUCUUUUACCUGAUCAAGAAACAAUCACGCGCUUUCUACUCAAUCGAUUCAAUUCUCAUUACGUUUUGGUAGCAUUUUUGAAAAAUUUGAUACUUAUUAACAAAGAUUUAAUUCCUUCGGGCAAUGCACCUGACCUUAAAAAUCGUCUGGAAACUCUCAAAAGUAUUUUUGAUCUUAUCCACACAAAUUGCUCCGAUUUUAACCAAAGUAAUUCACUCGCUAGUAAUGAGGGAGGAGGAAAAUAUAAUAAACUGCCUGCUAGCCCUAAAUCGAGUGUCUCUACUCCAAAUCAACUCUCGUUCAAUUUUAGUGACUUUCAUAGCAGCCAUACUUGCUCCAGAAAUUCUUAUUGCGAUGUUAAAUGCAUUAAUCUUUUCGAUUCCGAAAUACUUUUUACAACCCUAUGGGAAAGUUUAAUGUCAGAAUUUUCAACAAAUUUUGAUGAAAAACUUAACUGGAUUCCUAAAUAUAUACUAGCCGUUGUCUAUGCUUACAUUAACUCUUCUUAUAGAAAUCGUCAAUCUUUACCGGAAAAAUUUCCUCUAAUCUUGACGCAUUUCAUGAUAAAACACCGAUUAUGGAUUCAACUCAAAUUCCUCCUCGUCAACCACUUAGUUCCUAUAACAUCUUCAAUCGUUAACGUAUUAAUAUCAUGCUCAAUCAUUCAAACGCCUCUGAUAUUUUGUUCAGGCGAAGAUGUAUUCUUUGUUGGUACUUCUCAGGACUCCAAUAAUGUCGAUCAAUUAUCUGCUAAUAUAGAUGCUUGCCAAUGGAUAAGUCACAUUUCAAAUGAUAGCCUAAAUAAUAAAGAUGAUUAUUGUCCCAAAAUUGAUAUAAUUAAUCCUAUGGAUCACAAAAUAUCGUUAACUUUAGCCUUAUAUGCCUUGUCUCAAAUGCGCUUUUUAAAUAGUCAAAUAGCUCUUAAAUUCAUGAAAAGUAUUAUCGACUUUAUUUUAUCGAAUCGCGAUGCGGAGGGAAUCAACUGUCAUUUGAUGUACUCCAUUUUGUUAAAAUUAAAUCGGCUUUCAAAUAUCAAAUCAACUGGAUAAUUGACCUUAACUAUGAUAAAUGCGUUAAAAAUAAAAAAUGUAGGAAGGAUUUCGAAAAAUCACAAUAAAUGAUUAUGAUGACAUUCCAAUUUAUUAAUUUUUUUUG